GUUUCACUUUCUUGUACUUGAGACAAGUUGACAGUGGAAUGAGCUCGACAUCCAUCAGACAUACAAAGAUCACAACUUCCAGUUUGAAAGUGAAUGGGAUUAAGCAGUUUAAGAGGAGAAACAGUGCAAAAUACAGAGCGACUAAUUGACUCGUUUGUAAUUAAAGUUUUUUUUUUUUUAAUGCAAGAUACUGUAAAAUUGUUCUUUUAAUAGUUCUGCAUCCGUGUCUUGCGUAUUCUGAACAUCCACUGAAGUUGCGGUGUGAGAGAAUCAAGAUUCAGUGUAUGAAGAAACAUUUGUGGAUGUGUUAAGUGGCUGCUAUUUUAACGAGUACAAGGAUUUGACGUUCUGCAGAGAAGGAAGUCAAAACAGGCGACAUUUUUUUUUUUCGGUAACAGACAGAAGUCUCAUGAUUGUUGAAGGCUUAUCUGCCCUGUGAGACACUGUGCCAUCGGCACUAUCGGGAAAAAUGAACUCCAUUAAGUGUGUCCUGGUGGGUGACACUGCAGUAGGGAAGACGGCCCUGUUGGUGCGAUUCACCAGUGAAACUUUUCCAGAUUUAUACAAGCCUACAGUGUACGAGAACACAGGUGUGGAAGUCUUCAUGGACGGAAUACAAAUCAGUCUGGGGCUGUGGGAUACCGCAGGGAAUGACGCCUUUAAAGGAAUCCGUCCGCUGUCAUUCCAGCAGGCUGAUGUGGUUCUGAUUUGCUACUCUGUGACUAACCAUACCUCAUUUGUGAGCAUUCGGAACAAGUGGAUCAAUGAGAUCAGGAGCUACCUGCCCAAAACCCCAGUGCUGGUGGUGGCUACCCAGACAGACCAGCGGGAAAUGGGACCAAACCGCGCCUCCUGCAUCACCCCCGCCGACGGCAAGAGACUGGCUCGUGAUAUCAAAGCCAAAGGCUACUUGGAGUGCUCCGCACUCAGCAACAGAGGGGUGCAGCAGGUUUUUGAAUGUGCUGUUCGCACUGCAGUCAACCAAGCCAAAAAACAGACCAGAAGGAAGCUUUUUGACAUACACCAGUGUAAAAUAUCUUAAAGUUACCCGUUUGUUUCAGCUACUGAAAAUAAUAAAACUGGCCUUUUUUGAAGAUAGGCACAUGCCAAUUUAUUUUCACUUAUAUUGUGGGCUAAUUCACUUUGAGAUCUGGAAAUGUAUACACAGACAGUGAACAAGAGGUGUUCAGCUAAUGAAUUCUAUGGACAUUCAGUAUUUGGUUCUAUAAUUUAUUAAUCAAACUUGUAGCUUCUAUUUAAUUUAUAUACACCUUUGGUUUCACAACUACAGUAUGUAUCAGUGCAAACUAUGUAUUUACAUUACACAUGUAAAGCUGAGGAUAGUGACAUUUUGCAUCAAGUUUUAUGUACUUUGUUGAAAUUUUGUUAAUAGGAAUAACAGCACUAGCAUGUGUGAUAUAGUGCAAACUAAUUUACCUGGCAAUGUUACUUUUUUUGUUUUAUAAUUUUUAAUAGUAAUAAUCAUUAAAAAAAAAACUUAAAUAAACUCGAAUAGAAAAAAUAGCUUAUUACUAUCAUGACAGGGUGGCUGGGUGGACAGAGACUCGGAGACAGUAAAACUGCAGUUUAAGCGUUGCUGCGCGGGUUUAUUAAUCAAAAAUAAGAAAACAAAACACAGCUCACAGAGCAAAAUAAAGGUUUUAACAAAACAAUCACAUACCAAAAGAAUGAACAAACAGAGGAACCCUCACCCAAGCAGUGCUAUCACGGUGAGGUUUUCAAACAAACAUUUCAGUUGCAUAUCUCUCUCUUAAGUUGCUUUUGUGCAUUUUCAUUUGCAGGUGAACUGUGACAUUAGGGCCUUACCAAGCACUAUAGUCUGCAAUUCAGAAUACUGACUUUGGAUACUGUUUUAAUCAGUGCUUGAACUGGAAAAAAAUAAAUAAAAAAGUGGUGGGUACUCACAGUACUCACAGUACUCUCAGACAGACAGUCUUCUCAGU